UUUUUAUGAAGUUCACAAUACAUUUUCAAAGAUGCGCUUAAAAACUGAAAUUUGCAAGCGAACUUCGGUCAAUAAUAAUGUGGAUUUUCGAUUGCGGAAUUCGGCAACGCAAAGAAACACGAGUGCCCACAAAGAGAAGGAAAUUACUGAAAAGGCGAAUAUAAUACCGUUGAGCAGUGUGGACUGGAGCAGCAAUGAAGAAAUAUACUUUGUAAGUGAUGAUCACCAGAUCUACAAAUGGAGCGCCGUCACGCGCGAUUCAGUGGAGGUGGCCAAACUGCCGGAUGACUUCAUACCCACUGAUUUGCAUUGGCUGCUCCUAGGUGGACGCAGCAGCGGUGGUGGCAAAGGCAGCGAUACGCUACUCAUCUGCAGCAAUGACGGACGCUUCAUCAUACUGAACAAAAGCGCGCGUGUCGAGCGGAAUAUUUCAGCACACAGCGCAGCGAUAAGCACUGGACGUUGGAGUCCGGACGGCGCAGGGUUACUCACAGCCGGCGAGGAUGGCGUUAUCAAGAUAUGGUCGCGCUCCGGCAUGCUGCGCUCCACUGUAAUACAGAGCGAUGAAGCUAUUAGCUGUGCACGUUGGGCGCCCAAUUCUACUUCGAUCGUUUUCAGUCAGGGCUGCUAUAUGUCUAUCAAACCGCUGGCAGCGAAUAGCAAGUUAACAAGGUGGCGUGCUCAUGAUGGCCUCGUUUUAUCCCUAAGCUGGUCCACGCAUUCGAAUAUAAUCGCUUCAGGUGGCGAAGACUUUCGCUUCAAGAUUUGGGAUGCACAAGGCGCUAAUUUGUUCACCAGCUCCACGGAGGAAUAUGCUAUUACUUCAGUUUGCUUCAAUUCUGAAAAGGAUGUACUUCUAGUGGGAACCUUUAACAUGCUGAAACUGUGCUCCAGCGCUGGGUGGUCUUACAGCAGCAGUCGCUUCAGCGAGCCCGCUGUCGGUUCGUUCUACGCGUUGGCUUGGUCAUCGGAUGGCACACAAGUAGCUUGUGGCACUUCGACGGGCAAUCUCGUGGUUGGUUAUAUCGUGGAACGCCAAUUGAUCUCACGCAAUCUGAAAGCGACAACCACGGGUCGCAAAACCAUCGUGCUACAGGAUAUCACGAAUAGUAGCACCGAUGUUUUAGACUUUCCCGAACGAGUCAUUAAUUUUGGAUUGGGUUAUGGACACUUGAUUGUAGCCACAUCUAAUCAGUUGCAUAUUUAUAAUGAGAAAUAUAUUAAUACGCCGAUAAUAAUUGAUGGAAGAACAGACGUACGUGUGAUUGAAGUCGGCAAGAAAUUCUUCAUGGUCUUGGACGCCACAUCGAUUUGGGUGUAUACUUACACGGGACGACUGCACUUGAAUCCACGCUACCCCGGUUUACAGGCACAAGUACCACUACUUACAUGGCGCGCCAUAUCUCUCGGUUUGGAUGUUUUAGCUAUACGAGACAACUCCGAUAACACCGUAAUUCACAUAUUCGAUCUUGUGCCGGGCGCUUCACGGCAAUAUGAACCACAUUCGAUACGCGCUAAAACUCAAAUUUCCGAGAUCUCCGCAUGUCACGCCGGCACACUCGAUGACCAGUAUGUCGUGCUUAUCGAUAAUAAUCGAGAAUUGUACAUCACAGAGACACGUAAUUUGAAUAGCAGUGCCGGAGCUGGUAGCGGUGGCGUAGGCGGCGGAAAUGGUUUAAGCGCUGUAGCAGGCGUGAAUGGCAACACCGAACGCGGCAUAAACGGACGCAUAAAUAACAGCGGCGAAAUUUACAAAAUCGGCACACAAGUGACGACCGUUAUGUGGGGUAGCGAGUCGAAUAUUUUGGUAGGCGUACACGAUACCUGCUACAGCAUUUGGUAUUGUCCUGGCGAGGGCGCCGCCGAUCCGACGUUGAUCGCGUUAACAACGAUCACCAUAGACGCCACUGAAUUUGGCAAAAACAUAACAUUGGAGUCCUUCGAGGACGCCAUCGUAACAUUCCGCUGCGCCGGCGCAUUGCUGCCUAUUAAUGUGAAUAUUUAUUGUGAAAUUUUGCAUCGCACUCUGAUGGAGGGACAGUGGCAACAGGCAUUAAAGAUUUGUCGUCUGGUACAGAAUGGUAGCCUCUGGGCGACACUGGCGGCCAUCGCAACGCGCAAGAAUCAACUACAGAUCAGCGAGGAGGCAUAUUCGGCCGCACUACAGAUCGACAAAGUCAGCUAUCUGCAAUACAUAAAGGAGUUGCCGUCUGCCAGUCCGGAACAAAUGGCGGAGAACUCGCUAAUGCUCGGAMGUCUGAUCGAAGCGGAGACUAUUUUAUUGCACAACAAGAAAUUCUCUGCAGCUGUUGCACUCUGCUUACGCAUGCAUAAUUGGCAUCGGGCUCUGGAGGUGGCGCAGAAGCAUGAACCGGAAUUGUUGGACAAGGUGCUCGAGCAGCGGCGCCGGUAUUUAAAAGCUUUGCAACGUGAUGAAUGGGACGCCGUAUUUUUACCAUUCCAAUUGAAGGAUAAUGACACAAGUGAAUAAAGUUUUAGUAUUAAUAAAAUUA